AUGUCUGUCGAGUCGCGGCUACGUGAGGCAAAAGAUGUGCUCAACCAUAUCUUUUGUCUCCUGGACGACCUGAAUGAAGCUGCAGAAGAGCUUCGCCAGAUUGUCUCUGGUGAAAGACAGGGUAUGACAUGUGUUCUCGAUGAGAAUGAGGAUGGCAAAGACCUGAGGACCAGCGAGGAGCAUGAGCUUCGAGACGAGAUCAGCGCAACUAUCACACGGCUCUUUAGGGUUUUAUCCCUCGUACGACAGGCAGCGCCUACAGACCCUUUCGCCAAAGCUCUCAAUCGAAAUCGCUAUCACUUCAGCGAUCAGUAUGACAUCGCCCAUGUUGGUCAAAGAUAUCCAAAUCUUGACACGGAGGACAAAACCUGGCUUCGCCAACGUCUUGGAAGAGCUAUAACAGAUAGGCGGCGCUAUCUCAGCUAUAUGAAAGAUCACCGUGAUAAAUUGGAAAGGGAAAUCGAUCAAGAUGAGGAUGCCAAAGAUGCCACGGGAAAAAUGCACGCUCCUACCACAGAUCAGCCACGGGACCACGACUCGAGAACAGACACCAUAAGCCGCCCAUCCUUCUCAACGCAGCCAACUACCAUUAUUCCACAACAGAUCACGCUUGGUUUACUGAAUACAGAAGAGCUAGACUCAGACGACGAUACUCAUUCGUACACAACCGUAUCUCGCUCAGUCGAUGGAAAUGACGAGCCGUCUGAUACAGUCCGUAUACCAAGGCUUGAGAACCUACGUUCUGGCGACAGGAAGGAGAUUGAGUGUCCCUUCUGCUUUCGAGUCAAAAAGUUCAAGAACGAAAGUGUGUGGAGACAACACGUCUUCUACGAUAUCCGUCCUUACGUCUGCACAUUUCCAGAUUGUGAUGCACCUUAUUUCGGGGAUAUCAACAAAUGGUUUCAGCACGAGAUGUCGUAUCAUCGAGUGGCGUACAAGUGUUUUCUUUGCCCGAACACGCUAUGUCACCAGGAGAAAGACUAUGUUGCCCAUCUAAAACGGAGACAUCCAAGCACGUUUGACCGUGCCGAGAGCGAACAGGCUAAGACUCUCGCUCAGGUACCGCUCACUGAAAUACCAGCAGCGGACUGUCCAUGCUGCACAGAUUGGGUCGAUCAUUUGAAAGAACAUGCAGGCCUUGCAGGUGGACUAAUGCCUAAUGAGGUCUUGACUGUGAACCCAACAGCAUUCAAGCGCCAUCUCGCGAAGCAUUUGGAGCAACUCGCAGUUUUUGCUAUUCCGACUAGCGCUACAGUUGAUGAUCCAGAUGAUUCAACCGAUGCUCAUGAGGUAAGGAGCUAUCAUACGGCUGAGUCGGAACUCUCAGAUUUGAGCUUUUCCAGCGAACGUCGCCGUGAUGGUACUGUGUCAGAUGGCGAGAAAUCCUCCGGAAGUGCACAACACACAGUCAUCUCCGCUGCUGAAGAUGCAAGGCCGAUGCCGAUUUGGAACUCGCACCCCAUCUUCACAUACAGUAACCAGGGAACUAAUAAGCCUGGAGUCGUGCCUAGCGAGCAUGCUAUAGCUUAUUCAUACGGAUACCAACCAGCGCUUUUGCCCGGCGAGACCGAACUUGAGAAAGACCCAAUCUGCAUUAUCAUGAACCCAGGGGAAUCCGCGCUUUCAGUUGCAUCCCGGAUAUUCUUCGGCAUUCAGCAUCCGAUACAGUACAAUGUAAAGGUUAAAGACUUGGGUUACGUUCACCCCGACCAUCUCGUCAAAUUCCGAGGCUACUGGGCGAUGGAACAGCAGAUGGGUAGUGCACAGGAUAUGCAAGAUAUCGGCGAAGACCACGACGGAAACGAUCAUCCUGACACAAGCACGCAAGGUUACUCACACCCACAAACUACGCAAGAUGUCGACAAAGGCGAAGUCGAGAACAUCGCUUCUAAGUAA